GAGAAAAGCUGGCAUGAGUGUUGUGGGAGAGCUACAAGAUCACGUGACGUGACUAGUUGAAUCACGUGCCGCCGAAUACUUUCGCGUGACGUCGUUCGUUUGAAGGCCCGGUGCUGCGAUGGCGACGACAACGCGUCCAGCGUUGAAAAUCCCAGUUGAAGAAAGCAAGGCGCAGCGCAUUCAGAGGCAACAGGCCAGGUUCAGAGAUCGAGGCGGCACAUUCGUACCGUCGGGCAAGAACCCGCUCGCAGACAUCUUGCUUGCACGUGCCGUCACUGGAGAGUCGCCGUCCAAGGCUAAGAGUCUCCACUCCAAAACCGAACGCGUCCCGCCGACGGUGUCUUCAGUCCCUAGGCCUGCGGCCGUUUCUCCUGGUCGCAAUUCCUCCAUCGCAUCACGUCCAAAGGGUUCGGGCAGUCGGCUCGAGCGGCCUUUUUCAGAGAACCAUAAAUCCGUUGCAGAGAGCUCAAAAGCGGCCGACAGGGUGACAGAAAGCGUGCCCAAGAAGAAGGCCUUCGAAGAGACGCAAAGUCACACAUUCAGAAGAGGCUGACGAAAAUGAAAACGAGGAGUCCUAAGCCACCACGGAAACGCAAAGCCCGUCCCAAUAAGUCAGCACAGGGCAAUACUACGACGUCAAAGCGCAAAGCUCGCACUGCUGCAAUGCCCGUCAUUAAAGAGGAUAUUGUCGAGUCUGGUCAGUUAGCCCUACUCGUGCAAAUUUCGUUUCUUGAAUAAAUUAUGCAGAGGAUGAUCAAACUCUAAUCGAGGCUCCCCGCAAGGUGGAUGGUCGCGGAAAGAAGCGCAGACCGGUCGUCACUGAGGACGCACAUG